CACAUACUCCCCAGCCUUUAAACAAGAACCAUCAAUAUAUUGGAAUCUGGAUCAUUUUCUCAGAAUCAACUGAAAAGAAGAAAAUAUUGAUAUUGGAAGAAACAUGUUUAAAAAGAAAUUCUUUAAGAAGAAACCCAAACCAAAGGAAGAUAAAAAUCAAGAGGACAAAGACUUUGAGAACAAGGAAACCAAGCCCGAUGUUCCUCCAUCAAUACAGAGACCUAAACCCUUUUUACCGGAUACACCAGUACCUACACCACCGGUAAACAACAUAUCCACAGGAAGGAUAUUGAGCAAAGAAGCAAUCGUGGAUCUACCUCUACAACAUGUCUCUUCCAACAGGCGGAUGGAAGAUCUCGACGAUGAAGACUUUGGGUAUGCAACUUCUGACAUCAUCUACACAAUCAAACGGAAAGAUGCUGACUUGGAGGAAGCAUUUCUGGAUUCAAAAACAUUUUCAACAUACAAAACAGACGGUCAUAAUCCAACAAUCAGCAGGUUCUUCUUCUCUCCACAAGGUAGACUUUGAGUAUAUACAUCUGUAU